CUCAGCCCUAUCAGCAUUUGAUAGCUACAGCAUGUCACAGAGUACUCCAGCUAAAGAAGCGCGCUAUGAAAGACAUCUUAUGCGACAACGGGGCGCAGGACCUCGAGGCGACAUCUCGGCUAACUUUGGCUUCUCUUUCGACUUCCCUGCGCCAGCUGCGAUCGCACCAGCAGUAGAUCCCAGCGAGCCGCCUACCAAGCGGAGGAAGAUACAUGCGCCAAAGAAUGAUGUGCUCGUACCUACUGUCACCGUCGUGCCGGAUAAGCACCCCAAAAAGGACGUGGACUUGGUGGCGGAGGUUGGGGGAGACGAAGCGGCACAAAAGAAUGUCUUGCAGACGGCGCCAUUAGAACUGCUACAUGAGAAGCCCAGAGUUGGACCCGGCGAUGAUAGCUUCGUUGUCAUGGUGAAGGCACGAACUUUUCGGGCGAGGCAGUGCAAUCGAUCUGCAAGGCCAACAGAAGGUCUCUCGCGGCCGCGUGUUGAACCCGAUGCAAAGGAAAGCGAAGCAGAGAGGUCAGCCGAAGAGCAGGCGGCUGCUGUGACUUCGCAAGCCAGCCCAGCAUCGCCGCAACUUUCAAGAAGGGGGCAAGGUCGGAAGCGUGGAGCGUUGCAAACGACCGACUAUUCAGCAGCUCAGCCCAAGCCGGCAAAGCGUAGACAGAAGGCUGAAGACAGCGUGUCUGCGCCCGCAGCGGAAGCGUCCGCUCCUUCCCUGCGUAGAGCCAUGCAGCGGUCAGCCGCAAUGAACAUUGAGCCGGAGGAAGCCGAGGCUUUAGGAGGAAACAAUGUCCGCCGAGCACUGGCUGAAGCAGACGCCAACAUCACGAGGAGGUCGGUAUCGCCGGAGAAGCAAGCCAAGGCUGAAGUUACUGAGAGGCGAACCGUGGGCCGUAGAAAACCGCACCGUAAAGCAGAGCCGAAGAGCCAAAUGGCUGCAACAUCAACGAAGAAGCUCCGCAUGAUCCGUGUAGAGGCAGAAUCAGAGCCGGAGGAACAGCAGCUGUUAUCGGGUGCCCAGGUGCAGGCGGAGCCGCCGUCGGCCAAUGAGCUGGCGGAGCUGGUUGCUGCGGGAGAUGUCUUACGUAUCGCACGCGUCUCGCCUGCGGUAGAGCCAGCAGCGAAGUUCAAAGGCGCGUUGCAGCGAGCUGCAACGAAGCCUAAGCGGUCACGCCAAGCAAAAGCUUUGGCCGGACCAGAAAGUCACGGACCUGACAACGCGCAUCGAAUCCCCGCAGCCAAAGAGAAGGCUUCCGUAGCAGGUACAGUGGAGAGUCAGGAAGCAAUGGCGAUCUCUCUUGGGGUGGCGCCAAUAAAGCAAACCCCGGGGCUGGAAGCACAACCGGAUCCUGCUAAGCAGACCGAAGCGCAUUCGAGCGCGAAACAUGCCGUCAAAGCGAAAUCGGCCACAGGGAAGAGGCUGGUGCGUCUGCAUAGCGCGACUACUACCGGCGAAGACAGCCUCGACUGGCUCCUCGCGCCUUGCAAGAACGAUACUUCGCGCGCAAAACCUACAGUGCCCCCGACUCAGAAGCGUAGAAGCUUCGGUGAGCUCGCUGAUGUGGACCUGGAUGACUUGGUCACGAAUAUUGCGUUUAUCGCUCCGGUAUCGGCCGGUCGUGAGGAAGGCGGGUUGCAGAGUCGCCCGGUGUCAAUGAAGUCGCGUAGGAGGUGA